GCAGCUACGCGCAGACGCGCACGCGCAGACACCGGCCGCGCGAGCCGCAACAGCGCUCUCUCGGAGCGCAUUCGGUCCGAGGAGGCUGCGAAGUCCCUCGCGGAGAGAGAGAGAGAGAGAGUGUCUUUGGCGGGGAUUAUUUCGUUCUCUCUCUCGCUCGCUUCCUUCCCCACCGGGCGUAACGCCCUCCCUAUCCAGGGGAGAACCGAGCGAAUAAGAGGGCGGUGUUUUUCUUUUCUAUUUCGAGGGGAGGAAAGAAGCAGCCGAGACGGUGUGGAAAUGCGAAUCCUCCGGCGCUGGCUGCUCGCGUCCCUGCCGCUCUUCUUCUUCUGCCUCUGCCGACUCGAAUUUGUUUCUGGAUACAUAAGACAGCAACGCAAAAUUAUUGAAGAGGUUGACUGGUCCUAUUCAGGAGCAUUAAAUCAAACAAACUGGGGGAAGAAACAUCCAGCUUGCAAUGGUGCCAAGCAAUCGCCUAUUAAUAUUGAUGAGGAUCUAACUCGAGUAAAUGUGAAUCUUAAGGAGCUGAAAUUCCAAGGCUGGGAAAAAGAAUCGGCAGAAGAAACUUUAAUCUACAAUACAGGCAAAACAGUGGAAAUUAAUCUGGCAAAUGAUUACUAUGUAAUUGGAGGAGGCCUAGAAGCUGUAUUUAAAGCAAGCAAAAUAAUGUUUCACUGGGGAAAAUGCAAUAUAUCUCAUGAUGGAUCUGAACAUAGCAUAGAUGGACAAAAGUAUCCUCUUGAGAUGCAAAUAUACUGUUAUGAUUCAAAUCAGUUUGUGGAUUUAGAUAAGGCAAUUGAAGGAAAUGGGAAAUUAAGAGCUUUAUCUAUUUUAUUUGAGGUUGGUCUGGAAGAUAAUAUGGAUUACAAUUCAAUUAUCGAUGGAGUGGCCAGUGUUAGUCGCUUUGGGAAGAAAACUGAAUUGGAGCCUUUCAUCUUGUUGAACCUAUUGCCAAAUGCAACAGACAAAUAUUACACGUAUAAUGGAUCUUUGUCGACUCCGCCCUGCUCAGAGACAGUUGAAUGGAUUAUAUUCAAAGAUACUGUUAACAUUUCAGAAAACCAGCUGUCAGUAUUUUGCGAUGUCCUUACCAUGCAACAAUCUGGUUACGUGAUGCUGAUGGACUACCUGCAAAACAAUUUUAGAGAGCAACAGCAUAAAUUUUCCGGCCAGGUGUUUUCCUCAUAUACUGGAGAGGAAGUAAUUCAUGAAGCAGUUUGCAGCUUAGAGCCAGAAAAUGUUCAAGCUGAUCCAAAGAACUACACCAGCCUUCUGGUUACCUGGGAGAGGCCACGAGUUGUAUAUGACACAAUGAUCGAGAGAUUUGCUGUUUUUUAUCAGGAGUUGGAAGGAGAAGACCAGACAAAGCAUGAAUUUCUAACAGAUGGGUAUCAGGACUUGGGGGCCAUUCUGAAUAAUCUGCUGCCUAAUACAAGUUAUGUUCUUCAAAUAGUUGCCAUUUGUGCUAAUGGUCUCUAUGGAAAACACAGUGAUCAAGUGAUUGUUGACAUGCCUUUGGAUGAUCCAGAAAUUGAAUUUCCCGAAUUGACUGAAACUGAAGAUUAUGAGGAGGAGGAGGAAGAUGAAAUCGAAGAGGCAAGGGCAGGGGUGGGUGAAGAAGCUGCCGUGAUUGCUGGCACAGAUAGUGUGGCAAACCAGAUAAGGAGAAAAGAGUUCCAGUUUACGACGCCUAGCUACAGUCAGGACAGCAUGGGGACAAAAUUCAAUGAAGCGGGAACAAACAGAUACUUGGAAAGAGAGGAAGACCCAUAUGGGGGAAAUGACCAUUCCAAAUCAAUUUUUGAUACAACUUCUCAAUCUGCCACUGAAGUACCAAAGGAAGAAGAGGAUGAUUUCAUGGAAUCUCAGUCAGCUACUGCCAUUGUCCCUCCAGCAGACAGCUCCACCAAAGGUAAUGGGGAAGAAUAUGAGCAUGAUUUUUCUGACCAUGAGACAACAAGAGCAUCUGCUUCUGAUAGUAAUGAAGAUGAUAUAGAGGUGUCUGCUUUUAAACCUGACCUAGACACCGAGGACUCUUGGGUUUCUGUUCCCACCACUUCUGCUACAUGGUUAGUCACUGUGGAGACCUCUCAGGAAAACAUCUUUAGUUCAGGAAGCCCAGAAGUAAGCAUGCACGAUGAUCUCUCUCAAGACUAUAUUAAAAUCCCGUCAGAAGAUAUAGUGCCUCCAAGAGCUGAAGAUUCUGCAGAGAAAAUGCCUGCAGUUGAUGGGAAUUUGUGGUAUCAUAAUGGUACAGAUAUUACUGCUCUUCCAUUGGAUAGGAAGCAGCUCUUUCACAUUAGUUCCCCAAAUCCUACAACGGCACCUCAUCCCAGUGGUCCACUGGUGUCACAAGAUGCUUCAGUUGCGGAUGUAGAAUUGCCACAUCCUUCUACUUUUGCUCUCUCCCCAACUGAGUUGUCCUCUUACUCUGUCUCUUCAAAUUCUGAAGAACAUGGCUCAGCUUCUGCUGCCAGUGAGGUACUCUCUCAGACAACUCAACCAGUGUAUAAUGGUGAGAUACCACUUCAGCCUUCCUACAGUAGUGAAGUGUUUUCUCUAGUAACCCCUUUGUUGUCUGGCACUCAGAUGCUCAACACUUUCCCCGCCGCAUCAAGUAGUGAUGUGACCUUGCAUGCCACACCCAUAUUUCCCAGUGUUGAUGUGUCAUUUGACUCCACCCUGUCUUCCUAUGAUGAUGUACCUUUGCUUCCAUUUUCCUCUGCUUCCUCCAGUAGUAAAUUGUUUCACCAUCUGUAUAUGGUUUCUCAAACAUUUCCACAAACUACUCCAGUUGUUGAGAGUGGUAAGGUGCCCCUGCAUGCUUCUUUGACAUUGGCGGACGGUGGCGAAUUAAUACAGUCAAGCCUCGCUCAAUUGUCUGAUGUGGUAUCGCAUCAGAUGGCCCGUGCUGCUUCAGAGACAUUGAUAUUUGGUCAUGAUAGAACUCGCUUGUUGUCUCAAGUUGAACCAUCCAGCAGUGAUUUAAAUAUGCAUGCCCUGUCUACAGUGUCUGAACUUACCUAUGCUUUAUCUAGUAAUGUGGGCACUCUCCAAAAUGUUGCUGCUUAUACGUCAGAAUUUGUGCAUGAGUCUGCUGACGCAUUUCAUCAGGGUCCGUUAUUUAGCAGCUAUAGCAGUGUGCUGGUGCAUAAGACUUCUGCAAUCUCGCAAGCUGAUACUUUGCUGCAGCCUACGUGUUCUCUUGCUAGUGAAAUGGAUUGGUCUGAAGCAAAUUCUGGUAGUGAGUCCCUUUUGCCUGACACAGAUAUUUUGUCUAUGCGUAAAGCUUCUUCACCCGAAUUGAUAUGCAGCACACCUGGGUUUAAUGGUGAUGUUGACAUGCCUCACAAAAGUGGUGUAAUAAAUGAAAAUGACAGAGAACUGCAAAUUUCUUCUUUCAGUGAAAUGGCUUCUACUGAAAGUGCAAAGACUGAACUUCCACCAGCAGUUUCUAAUGAUGAGAUUACUAAGCAGGAUACAACCUUAGAAGAAAAAAUCAUUGCUGUUUCUAGUGCAAAGGGAAUCCUUCCAGUAUCUUUUGCUUUUCCUGUUACUAAGGUGUUUGAUUAUGAUGUUAGUAAACUCUCAGAAACUCAUGUUCCUAUUCAGCCUUUGCAUGUUACAGCUCUAGCCUUUGACGAUACUUUGCUUAAGCCUGUGCUUAGUGCAUUCUCACCGCAAGCUUUCUCUACCCCUGCUUCUAGUGAAAUACUGUCUCCUUCUACCCAGCAGUAUUUUUAUGAGGCUUCAGCUGCACUAAAUAAUAAUGCAUUGCUGCAAACUUCCUUUCAGUCUUCUGAUGGUGAUAUACUGCAUAGAGCAUCUGUAACUGUGCCUAGCGAUCCAGUACUGACUGAAAAAAUAGCAUGGGCUGAUAAUGGUAGUUCUAUAUUUGACCAAAUAUUGCACAAAAUGGCACUAGAUUCUGCUGUGAAUAAAACAGUGUUGCAUUACCCUUCAGCACCAUCUGCUGCAAACACAUCACAUACCAGCAACCACCCCACAGAUUCACCAGAAGAUUUAAGUGUUGCCCAUAUAGGCACUGAAUACAUUUCACCCCGCUUGCUUAGCGAUGAAGACACACACCAGGUUGCUCCUUCCUUGUACAAUAAUGGCAUGUCAUAUCAGUCAACCAGUUUUGAAAAUACAAGUGCCUUUCCCCUCAAAACAGUGAACACAGUGAAUAUCCCUGUUUUGCCGGCUGAUAUUUUACCAAAGACAGAUACAUCGGCUAACAGCCAUAGCUUUUCAAGUGCUUCCGAAAAGGAUGAGUUUCUCACUCCUCCCUCAACUACCAAUAUUAUUGAUAUUGCCGUUCCUGUGCCUGAAAUAAUUUCUGAUUCUGUUCAGCAUACUUUUAAAGAAAUACUGGAUAUGUAUAUUUCUGUUACACCUGGUUCUCCCAGCGCCGAAGUUGGUAAAACUUUAAACACUUUAUUAGUUCCCAGUAAAGUAACCAGUGAGUUAUCUACCACGGCCAGUUCUGGUACAGAUUUGUGGUCUUCUGUUGUUGAUGAUGAUUAUGAAUACGAUAGUGGCCUGCCUGUAAACAGUUGUCACACAUGCAUUUCCCCUAGAGACACUCAGGAGGAGGUAGAUGAGCCAGAUACACAGGUAAACAAUGCAAACGAGCAACAUAAUUUAAUUAUAAAUCCAGAUGUUGAAGCGGCUAAAGAGGAAGAAGAAAAAAACACAAUUGCUCUCUCAGACCAUGUGAUAACCGAUGAGGUGGACCAGCUGAAAUACACACCAGCACCAGCUCUGGCUUGGAAGACAAAAACUAAGAAACACAGUGAUCCAGCUGUAUUGGAUAAUUACAUUCAGACUGUUAGCAAUCCCUUACAAAAGGCACCGGAACCUAAGUCAUGGACGGUUUUUGCAAAUGAUGAAGAGAGUGGUUCUGGCCAAGGUCCUUCAGAUAGCUUUAACGAUAAUGAGACUUCCACAGAUUUCAGUUUUUCUGAUGUUAAUGACCAUGACCCUGAAAGGGUAGUUGGAGCAGGUAACUCAGAAACAGAAUUAACUUCUGGAUCGCAGCAAUCACCAGUAGCAUCCAUACCUAGUGGUCACUCAUCAGUAUUCAACGUUUCUGAGGCAGAGGCAAGUAAUAGUAGCCUUCAGUCGCGUAUUGGUCUCCCAGAACAGAAGACAGUCAUACCUCUUGUGGUCGUAUCAGCCCUGACUUUCAUCUGUCUGGUGAUUCUUGUUGGUAUUCUCAUAUAUUGGAGGAAAUGUUUCCAAACAGCACACUUUUAUUUAGAAGAUAACACAUCCCCUCGUGUGAUAUCUACUCCUCCAGCACCAGUCUUCCCUGUGUCAGAUGAUGUUGGAGCAAUCCCAACAAAGCAGUUUCCAAAACACGUUGCAGACUUGCAUACCAGUAAUGGGUUUGCUGAAGAAUUUGAGACACUGAAAGAGUUUUACCAGGAAAUUCAGAGCUGCACAGUUGAUCUGGGCAUCACUUCAGACAGCUCUAAUCAUCCGGACAACAAGAAUAAGAAUAGAUACAUAAAUAUUGUUGCCUAUGAUCAUAGCAGAGUUAAACUUGCACAACUUGCAGACAAGGAUGGAAAAGUUACUGACUACAUUAAUGCCAACUACGUAGAUGGCUACAACAGACCAAAAGCAUAUAUUGCAGCUCAAGGGCCUUUAAAAUCAACAGCAGAAGAUUUCUGGAGAAUGAUCUGGGAACAUAAUGUGGAAGUCAUUGUAAUGAUAACUAACCUGGUGGAGAAAGGAAGGAGAAAAUGUGACCAAUACUGGCCUGCUGAUGGUAGUGAAGAAUAUGGAAACUUUCUAGUCACUCAAAAGAGCAUUCAUGUACUUGCCUAUUACACUGUGAGGAAUUUUACUAUUAGGAAUACCAAGGUGAAAAAGGGUUCCCAAAAAGGAAGGCCUUGUGGGCGUGUAGUUUCUCAGUAUCACUAUACUCAGUGGCCUGAUAUGGGUGUUCCUGAAUAUACUUUGCCCGUGCUCACCUUUGUCCGAAAGGCAUCGUAUGCUAAACGUCAUGCUGUAGGACCAGUUGUGGUUCAUUGCAGUGCUGGUGUUGGAAGGACGGGCACAUACAUAGUAUUAGAUAGUAUGCUUCAGCAGAUUCAGCACGAAGGGACUGUCAACAUAUUUGGAUUCCUGAAGCACAUACGGACGCAAAGGAACUAUUUGGUGCAGACGGAGGAACAGUAUGUCUUUAUUCAUGAUGCACUUGUGGAGGCCAUACUAAGCAAAGAAACAGAAGUACCUGAAAACCACAUUCACGCUUAUGUUAAUUCACUCUUAAUACCUGGACCAAUGGGAAAUACAAGAUUAGAGAAACAAUUCAAGCUUCUGAGCCAAUCUAAUAUACAGCAGUGUGAUUAUUCUACUGCACUGAAACAGUGUAAUAGAGAAAAGAACAGGACCUCAUCCAUAAUUCCUGUGGAGAGAUCUAGAGUUGGUAUUCCAUCGUUGUCUGGUGAAGGCACAGACUACAUCAACGCUUCCUAUAUUAUGGGUUAUUAUCAAAGUAAUGAAUACAUUAUUACCCAGCAUCCUCUACUACAUACUAUCAAAGAUUUCUGGAGAAUGAUAUGGGACCACAAUGCUCAGAUAAUUGUCAUGCUUCCAGAUAGUCAGAAUAUGCAGGCUGAAGAUGAAUUUGUAUACUGGCCAAACAAAGAAGACCCUAUAAAUUGUGAGAGCUUUAAAGUCAGCCUGAUUUCGGAAGAACACAAAUGCUUGUCAAAUGAAGAGAAGCUUAUAAUCCAGGAUUUCAUUUUAGAAGCUACACAGGAUGAUUAUGUGCUUGAAGUGAGGCAUUUUCAGUGUCCGAAAUGGCCAAAUCCAGACAGUCCUAUUAGUAAAACAUUUGAACUCAUAAAUGUCAUCAAAGAAGAAACUUCUAACAGAGAUGGACCCAUGAUUGUGCAUGAUGAGCAUGGAGGAGUGACAGCAGGUACCUUCUGUGCAUUAACGACGCUAAUGCAUCAGCUAGAAAAUGAAAACUGUGUGGAUGUUUAUCACGUAGCUAAGAUGAUAAAUCUGAUGAGGCCUGGAGUCUUCACAGACAUUGACCAGUAUCAGUUCCUCUACAAAACUAUUCUCAGUCUUGUUAGCUCAAGGCAAGAAGAAAACCCUUCAGUAUCUAUAGACAGUAAUGGUUCAGCUUUACCAGAUGGCAAUGCAGCGGAAAGCUUGGAAUCUUUAGUUUGACUAUGAACGGAACAUGGCAAUGGUUAUCAAGAGCUGGAAAUUUCACUACUGUUGCUUUUAAUUUUAAAAAAUUGUGUGGGGCAGUGAGGGAGAGGUGGGGUUGGAAGAAACGUCCAGCUAUUCGAUAAUCUUUUUAUUUCCCUUGUUCAAAAGAAACUGUUGUUACAAAUGGCUCUAUUACUGAACUUAUAUCAUUAACUAUGUGUGCCUUUUUGAAAUACUCAUUGUAAUGCAUUUUGUUAUGUUUGGACUAAUUUGAUUGAACUAUACUGUGUUUCUAAGAAUGAAACUGUGGUCUCUUUUACAGUAAUAGUUUCUAAUUUCUUUGGUUUUAUUUUAAAUUAUUUUUUAAAUCAUAACUAUAGAUGCUAAAGUUCCUAGCAACAAAUGUCAUGUUUCAGUAUCCCUUUACUUGCUGUUAUUUAUAGAAUUCCUUACAUUUGCUAGAAAUCUAACUUUUAAUAUGGUAGAAUGUAAAUAUAAUUCUCUUCUCUGUAAUAUUCAACAUUUUAAAACUUUUGGUAGGCAUUUAGAAUAGCUGAUACUUACUGUAAAUAUUUCUAGAGUGGAUUCCAUGGACCAAAUUUAUAUUUAUAAUUGUAGAUUUUUAUAUUUUACUACAAAGUCAGUUUUCUAGUUCUGUGUAAUUGCAUUGUUAAAAUGAUGUAGUUCAGUACCUGUUUUUAAUUUUAACAAAAAAACAAACAAAAAACUUCUGAUAUAUUAUCCCAUGCAUCCUAAGUGAGUAACCAUAUCUCUGCAUGCAGUUUUAACUUUUGUGGGAAAUUGAAAAUAUACUUGUUUUGAAAUAAGAAGUUUCUAUGAGAAUAACAUCUGUACUCAGCAUUGUUUAAAGUGUUUUUAUCCAAGGCAUUGCAAAAAUAAAUAUCAAUAUUCCAA